CUUGCCGCGCCCGCCUGCCCCUCGGAAGAGCCCCUCGGCCGGCAGCAUGGCACCGCCGCGCCGCACCGCCGGCCUCGCGCUGCUGCUGUUCCUCGGCGCCUGCGGCUUUUUCCAGUCCUAUGCAGUGGAAGUAGAUGUAAAGGAUGCCUCUAAUGUUACAUGCUUGUACGCACAAUGGAUGAUGAAAUUCUUGAUAAAAUAUGAGACAAACAGUAGUGAUUAUAAAAAUGCAAGCUUGGAUUUGACAUCCGCUGUGACACACAAUGGAAGCACUUGUGGCAGUGACACACAAGCUGCGCUUCUGGCAGUGCAGUUUGGAGAUGGUCACUCUUGGAGUGUUAACUUCACAAAAAGCAACGAAACUUACCAGGCUGAGUUCAUCACAUUUACCUACAACACCAAUGAUACUGCUGUCUUUCCUGAUGCUAGAAGACAAGGACCAGUUACAAUUGCUGUAAAGGAUGCUAUGCAUCCAAUUCAACUGAAUAAUGUCUUUGUGUGUCACCAUACUACCUCUUUUGAAGCAGAAAACGUAACACAGAUUUUCUGGAAUGUUACUAUGCAGCCUUUUGUUCAGAAUGGCACAAUUGGUAAAAAAGAGUCUAGGUGUCGUGCUGAUACACCUACUGCUGUGCCUACUGUUCUGCCUACUGCUGCCAAUGUAACUACUGCAUCCACCACCAUUUCACCUGCUCCAACCUCCGCUCCCAAACCUGCUGGGAAUCCAGUCACAGGAAACUAUUCUCUUAAAACUGGAAAUAAAACUUGUCUUCUGGCUACUGUGGGGCUGCAGCUGAAUGUUUCCCAAGACAAGACUCUCCUGAUCAACAUCGAUCCGAAAUCAACUCGUGCAGAUGGGACAUGUGGUAACACAUCAGCUACUCUGAAAUUGAAUGAUGGAAAUAGGACAUUAAUUGACUUCAUGUUUGUUGUUAAUGCAAGUGCAAGUGUACAAAAAUUUUAUCUGAAAGAGGUGAACGUUACACUACUCAACCAUCAGAAUGGUUCUGUCAUUUUAAGUGCAGAUAACAACAACUUCAGCAAAUGGGAUGCUUCCCUUGGUAAUUCUUACAUGUGCCGUAAGGAGCAAACUCUUGAGAUUAAUGAAGGUCUUCAAGUGCAUACUUUUAACCUAUGGGUUCAACCAUUCCUUGUGAAAGAAAACAAAUUCUCAAUAGCCCAGGAGUGUUCGCUGGAUGAUGACACCAUUCUAGUUCCAAUUGUAGUUGGUGCUGCACUUGCUGGCUUGAUUGUCAUUAUAGUGAUUGCUUACAUAAUUGGCAGAAGGAAAAGCUAUGCUGGAUAUCAAACUUUGUGAAUCAAAAUGUAAUCACUGCUCUGAUUUCAUCCUUAACGAAGCAAGUGCAAGUUCCGAAGUCCAAACAAGCCCCAAAACUUAGACUAAAUACUGGCCACAGCUAGUUGGAGUUGAGAAGCAGAGGGAGAAUGUUUAUCUCAGAUGAAGCAGAACUACGUUUUUAGUUUUCCAGCUCCAAGAAGAUGACGUGAGUCUCAUACCUGUUCUGAAGAUGGCAGAUAUCACUAUUGAUAAAUGACCAGGCCAAGGAUUUUAUUUUGAGCAAAACCUUGAAAAUGUUUAGGAUUUACCUUUUCUUUUUAUAAAUUGCAGCCUGAAAUGGAGCACGUUCCAAACUGAUGUGCACUGGGCAAAUCCCAGAAUUGCAUGGGAUUUGUACUUGCUUCUCUCUCUGCAUUCCUUAGUUGUCAUAUUUGUGGGUUAAGCUGGCAGCAUUAGUCACCAUGUUGACUCAUGUAGUACUACCACGGAUUGUAUGAUGCCCAGGAACAGCUUGGUUUUUCAUAGUUGAACUUCAGGCUGGUGACUGAGUGAUUUUUUUCAAGUGGCAGCAGUAACUUACUUAGCUUUGAUGGAGUUUGAGUAGUUUACUCCUGCCCCAGUGGUUUUGGAGCCAUCCCCGCACCGUGGCUGUACAAACCAGGUGGGUAACCCAUCCCUGCCAGGUCUCCAAAUGCUUUUCAAAAAAAGUGGUUUGUUUUUUUCCUUUUUUUUUUUUUUAAAUGAAUUGUUAGGCAUGAAUUCUUCAUCGUGGCAUUCCCCCAAAAUACUCAACUGAGGCAGAAUUCUGCUAAAUUCAUGCAGGUUUUUUACUGGCAUCAAUUUAAAGGGAAUAACCGUUCUAAAUAGUCCAGAACUUCAAAGUGCACUUAACUUUAUACUUUGCACAGAGCUGGUCUAUCUUAUCCUAUUGCUUUGAAUGACCAUUGUAACUUCAAGGAUGCUUUCGUUCAAUGAGCCAGUAUCUGUUGCUGCAACUUGAGCUGUCUUUAAGUCUUCAUCUGGAAUGGUUCUCUGCUAAUUGAAAUCCACAUUAUAACAUAUGUCUGCCCUUGACAUUCUCAGUGUUUAAUGUGCUUUAUGUUUGACUGUGUGCUGUGUACCUUUUAUUAAUGUUAAGAAUGCAAAAGCCAAACAAGUCUGAGAUGGACCCACUGCGCCUAUUUUUCCUGCUGUGUGGAAAGGCUGACUAGCUUAAACAUACAGUGCAGAUGGACUGUCCUUAAGCUGCAGCUCUGUAGAGAAUAACCCUUGCUGCACAACCUUUUUCUGUCCUCUUUGUGCUGUAACAGUUUUUAUUGCAUGGAAGAAAAAAAAAAAGAAAACUUUUCCAAACCAUGUGUGACUUUUUACUUAUGUCAUAACACAAGCUGCUUAAGCUGGUCAUUUAACAAUCAUAGUUGUCUUCUUUAGGAUGAGUUUAGCCUGCAACAAAGCUGGUUUUGUGUUUUAUUAGUGUUUUCUAGGGUUAUUGAGAUGUCUGUGGCAUGUUUGUAUACAAACCACUUCUUUCAGUAACAUUUUUUGGGUGAAAGCUUUCAUCUUACCACUAGCUAGGGAAGCAAGAAUGAGUGGAUAAAGCUUGCUAUAGCUUGUAGCCUACAGCUUGGAUUUUGCAUCAGUUACUGAAAAUCAUUUUAAUGAAAGUGGGGAACGACUAUAAGUUGAAUCUCAAAACAGACUUCAAGACUUUUUAAUUAAAAAAAUGUCAACUAGUGGCUCUAAUUAUUUUCUGCAUUUAAGGAUAUAUUAAUAUGAAGUUCAUGUAGAUUUUUUUUUAGCAUUUUACUGACUGAUAUUCAGCAUCACCAGAUAAAUGUACGCUUGUGUUGAGGAGUGGUCACCACAGUCCUCAUCUGAGCGCGUGAGCUUUCGAGCUGUGUUUGGUUUUAAGUGAUGAAGUGGAAGAUGGGAGUGCUUUGCACUAAAAAUUCAGCAAAACUAAAUGCCUCCUUGCAAAAACCUGGAAGCUGAUCUUCAUCUGCAAGUGUGUUGGCGCCGAGAUGAAAGUCCUCCUACGCCGCUGUGCAGUUACCUGGUUCUAAAACAUCUCAGUUUCACCUGACUGCCUGUUAUAAAGCCACCAGAUUUCCUGUCUGUGUUGCUCCAUAGGGAAUUGUCAACCUGCUCAACCUGUGCUCUAAAUAAUAAAGAUUGUUCUGUUUCUUAAGGAAACUUGUUCAUACUUUUUAACCGAUUGGAAAGCAGACAUCUUGUAUUAUCUUUUCUAUAAGAAAAUAAAUGAGUAAGGCCAACUUCAGUCAGUCUAUAUCUGAGCUUCUGUUGUGUAACUUGUGAAGGCACUCCUCACAGAGUCCUUGGUUGCCUGUGUCCUAAUGUUUUGCUUUCCAGCACAUUCUGAAGUGUGCUUGGGUGCAAUCAUCUAACAGAAGACAACUUGAGAACUAAUUGAAACUCUGCAAGCCUGGUUCAUCGUUAGAAAUUUGCCUGUAAACUAUUUUGGGAAUUGCAGCUCCUUCCAGACAAGAUACCUUUCUGAUGUGAUUUUUGCUAGCCCUCUUAAGCUGAUGUACAGCUGUGAAAAGUUCAGCUUUUCUUUUUGCAGUCAUCCUGGGAAACAAAUCCCUGCAUUUAGUGAAAGUAGGGAAGCACUGGGGCCUUCUGGGAGCUGACUAGCAGCUUCAUCCUCCAAGGGAGAAGCAGUGUGAUCCUGGCUGUGCUGCCAGUUCUUCUGGUAGCAGUACUACACAGUGCUUUGUUUUUCCUGCAGCAAGAGACAUUGGUCUUCCCUUUACCAUUAUCUGUAUUUUGAACUCUGUGGUGAUGAGACAGAAGGAACAGGUGCCAUCUAAUGCUGUACCCUCCCUGCUCCAUUCUAGUCUGCAUAUAGCAUCAUUAAAUUAUACCUACCUUCUUGUUUGCUAGCCAAAGAAAAAAUAAAAUUAUUGUCUUUCUGAAAUGUAAGCUGAGGUCAGCUGAAGCUUUUAAAUAUGAAGGAUAAUAGAUAUUUCAACAAAAAUCAUAACAGCUUGCAUUCUUAAGACAUGAAUCCAGUGGGACUGCAGGUAUCAAGCUGCCAUCAGCUCGUUGGUGUGUGCCAGGCUGGAUGAGUCUAUGACUAAACUUGAAAGAAGCAGCAGAGCAGAAGUUACUGUUGUCCUACAGUAAGCAUAAGGACUUGUAACUUUAAAUCUAGGUUUUUAGUGCCUACACAAGGGAAGCCUGCACAUCGUGGUGUAGUAGGGAUAUGCAAUAGCAGUAAAUGUGCAGUAAUAUACAGAUACCAGCAAGGGAGGUGAUAGAAUUGGCAGUCUGUUAGCAUGAUGCUCCGGAAGGGGGGCUGUUGCUGCUGUACUCUGGGGAGAGGGAGGAGGACAAGGGAAAGAUGAGUGUUUUAAUGUCCUGGUGGGGCGAGGAUAACUGCUCUAAAUGAGUGGAGCAUGAUCUUGGUAUUAAGCAUAUUAAAAUGCAUUUCUUUUUCAAACUUGCCCUUUUUCUAUUUAGCUGAAGACUGCAGCCCAGAGGUGGACUACUUCAUUGUGCCUAUAGCAGUAGGAGCAGCUCUGGGAGGACUAGUUGUCCUAGUAAUUAUGGCUUACUUUUUGGGCCACAAGAAACACCAUAAUACUGGAUAUGAGCAGUUUUAAAAGGGGAAAGUUUUUUACUUGCUUGAAGUAAAUUACUAAAUCUGAACUCAAAAGACUCGGAGCAGCAGCUCUGCCCAGUCAGACCACUAAGCCAGCACAUGGCCAAGGACUGAUGGAAUUCAUUGCUGCAGUUCCUAUUUUUUCCUUUACAAAUAGCACAGAGCGUAUCCUGGUUCGUAAUCAACUGAUGAACUGAGUGUUUUUUUCUCUAAAAUGCUACACAUCAGAUCUCAGAAUUGUGAAGGCAUGCAGUGGCAUUAUAUGAAUAAACGUGGUGGUGUUCUGGACCGCGGAGGCGGUGUUUGAUGUGUGCUUGUGGAUGUGCAGCAUUAAUGCAGAUCAUCUGUCAUACACUGCGGUUUGUUUCGAUUGUUACUGACUGUGCCUUAUAUACAGUUUACUAAAUGUUGUAACUGUGCUCUAAGAUACCAAGAUUUCUGGUCUUUUAGCUUAAAGAUGCCAUGGCAGUAGUUCUCGUGGAUUUUUUCAGCCGGUGAAUGAAUGCCUCCUUUUAAAAAGUAAAAUCUUACUGUGGUUCUCUUUAUGGAAUACCUUAAACCAAUCGGGGGGGGGGGGCGGAGGGGAAGACUAUUAGUUGCUUCUGGUGAUUGUAAUUAAGAGGGAAGAUGACUUUUCAUAUCAUGCCCAAAAAUCUUGGUAGCCAAAAUUUCUGAUUAUUUUGAACGUCUGUUCAAUGAAAUGGCUAAAACAGCCCCAUUCAUACGGCCUGAGCACGGAGUCUGCUCAUGGUGAUGUGCAGUUGUCCAGGUGUGUCUCUGCAGAUGCUUCUCUGAAGCUUCUAAUGCUUGUGCUGUGGCAACACGUGGAUACGUGUGAGCCAACAGAAGUGGCAAACUUAUGAGAGCUGAAAGAUGGGAUGUUCCUGGUAUCAAACAUUAAACCCUUUUUGUACCACCAGUUAGUGUCCUGCAACAGUGCUGUAUUGUAAUACGUGUUAAAGCAAUUGAUUUCCUUUUAAGAAGAGAAAAAGGGAAUUUCUUUGCUGUCUGCUGGGUACCUUUCAUCCCUAGCAAAUUCUUUUGUAGUAACACCCAUUAUCCGGCAUGUAGUAAUUAAACUGCGUCUGUUGAUCUCCAGUGAUCCACAGUGUCUGAACACAGCACAAUUGAAGCUUCUCUUUCGAGGUACUUCAGUCCUUUUUUCAGCAGUCGGAAUGACUUCACUUAGCUUGUGGUGGAAGUUACACAUUCUGUGCCUUUUUCCCCACUUUGGAGCAUUGCUCAGAUUGGCAGUAGGUGCCUUCAGCUUUGCCCAGCUCAGUGUUCUUAGAUGCUGAGUUUCCGUGUGUCUUGCUUACCUACCUCCAAACAAAAGGCCUUACACAGCCUUUCUUGGAAAGUUGCUGUGCUGGACUGCAAACUUCCCAUCACCAAGGCUGAUUCAGAUGCUCAGAUAGCUUAAAUACUCACUUAACAGCCAAUAACUUUGGGCAAAGUGUGAUGCUUACUCUGCUCUAAUAUAAACUCAAGCAAAAAAAAAACAAAAAAAAAAAAAAAAAUCAGAAAAUCUGCUGCAAAAGCAGAAAGCCAAGCAUCCUUGCCACCCUUGCAGUGCUGGGGCAGCGUGCGGACACGGUGUCUCACCUUAUGGAGCGUUUCCUCUUGGCACCGUGCACGCAGGGCUCUGCUCUGUCUUGACAUGGCUGCAGAGCGCUAAGCCCUGCUUCUGUGCCUGCUCACAGUGCUCCAUGGAGCUUGGAAUGAGUUCCCACUGUUGGUCACUAAAAGUUGCUCUCAGUGUUUGCGUCACUCAGGAGUUUAUGGCAUCCUUUCCAACUGGUGUAUUGAAAGCACUGUAGCAUUGCAGCUGUCUCCUCUUUGUUCUCUUCUGUUGGUUUCAUUCCGGCCCGCGUCACUCUGCUGACAUCGAUAACACCUUUCUUGUAUUUGUAUGCAAAAUAAAUAAACUUACCCACCCACAAA